CUUCCUCCUUGAUUCGAAGUUUGGCGAUCAAUCAGGCACAAAGUCCAUCGCGACUUCUUUGCUCGGUGAGCAAUUGAAGCCAUCAUCAUCAUCAUCAACUCGCUAGAGUCGCCACGAGCGAGUGCGCAAACAAUCGCCAGCAAGGCCGCGCGUAUCGUUUAGACCAGUAGUAGUCACCUCGGUGACUCAAAUCAGUCAAAAUGACGGAAGUUGUCAAUCCACGCCGCCAACAACAGUCCUCAGACUCACCAGCACGAGAACGUCCCCGUCCUCCGGCUCUCAAAACCAGCCACUCGGCCCUCCGCUCCGUAAACCGCCCGCCAAACGUCCGGCGAAUAUCCAACCGCGUCUCCAUCGCCGAGCCCGAGCCCGAGCCCGAACCAGAAACCCAGCUCAAAGCAGAAACCUCCAUCACAUCCUCUGUCCCGCAAAAACCAGAACCAAACAAUGACAGCCAAAUCAACGAUCAACCCCCCAAACCUCAACCCAACCUCGCCGCAAACCCCAUCGCCCACACCGCCUCCACCCCCAAAAUCGCCCAAACCCUGCACUCCUCCCUCUCCGCCCGGCUGCGCGUAACUACCACGCCCUGGGCAACGCGCAACAUCCUGACCCUCGACGGCGGCGGCAUAAAGGGGUACUCCUCCUUAAUCCUCCUGCGCACUCUAAUGCGGGAGAUCGCCGCCCUCGAGCAAUCUCUCCAGCCACCCGCCUACUCGAGUGCCGACCCGACAGGAAACAAGAACUACUACUUCACUGAGUCUGAUGAGUAUUUUUAUGGUGCCGGGACGGAGAUGCCGGAGUGUGAGAGGGCAAUGAAGUUGAGAGAGGGAAAACUGAAGGUGGGGGAUUUGAAGGUGGAUGUUCCUGGGGACACGCUGAGAGCGGGGGAGUAUUUGCCUAGUCACUAUUUUGAUUAUAUUGCGGGCACGUCAGUUGGGGGGUUGAUUGCGAUUAUGUUGGGGGUGAUGGGGCGGACGGUGGAGGGGUGUUUGGAGGAGUUUAGGAAUGGAGGCAGUAGAAGGGAUGGGAUGGGGUUGCCGCCGUUAUUUUUGGAGAUGGAGGAUGCGGCGGAGGAGGUUGUUGAUGUGGGCGAUGGAGGGAGUCAGAGGGAGAGCAGGGCGGAAAGGAGACGGAGGGUGAUUAGUUUCCCGGGGUUGGGCAGUUUUGAGAUUCCUCUGCCGGGGUUUGGGGGAGGGGAUAGGGAGAAGGAUAAGAGGAGGACGACGUGGCCGACGAAGAAGAGUAGAACGUGGUUCGAGACGUUUUCCAAAUUCAGCGUUACCAGUACGGACUUGACUGGUACUGGGACCGGGACCGGGAGCAAUACCACCGCCUCACGAGCAAUCGUCAGCGAUAAUGAGGAUAUCUCUCCGACUACCAAACGGGCGAACACGAACAACACCAUCGCCUCCAGCCGCUCGAGCACUACAACCUCCAGCCCCGCCUCCUCCAUCUCCUUCAAGAAAACCUCCUUCCAAUGCCAAACCCUCGCCUGGUGCAGCGAGAUCGACUCCACCACUCCCACAGAGCGACACCCCUACGCCUUCUGCACCUACGAAGAAGUCCUCGUGGCCGACGGCUCCGACGAAGAAGGCAAAGUCCCUUCCAUCCCGGAGGUCGCCAAAGCCAUCACCACCCCGUCCGACUCCUCGCAAUUCAAGCCAUUCAAGCUCCCGGCCAUCGGCCAAUUCGUCGACGGCAGCAAGGAGAUCCGGGACCCGACUCUGCCAGUCCUCAAAGAGAUCUCAUCCCUCCUAGGCGUUGACCCCUCUGCUCCUUCUCUCCCCGGAAACUACAAUCCACCCAUCGAUUUACUUUUGAGUUUGGGAACGGAUGAACACAACGCUUGGUUUUACGAGAAGCUUGUUCAACCUUUCGCUUCUCAGUCCACCACCUCUUCUUCUCCGUCCACUUCUUCCUCUUCCUCUACCUCAUCGCCCUCCCCUUCACCCUCAUCUUCGUCUAACACCAACUCACCAUCAACACCACCCUCCCCCACCGAACUCGAACUCCGCAAAUCCAAAGGCCGCCUCUACAAAAACUACCACCGCUUCCAAGUCUCCCCGCUCUCCCUCUCCCCCCUUCGCUCUUUACCCUUCCGCCGACGGAACCACCUCGACGAAAUCGAAGAAGCCACAGAACGCUGGCUAUCCGCCAACGACGGCGAGCAGCGCCUUUUGCUCAAGAAGUAUGCAGAACUAUUAGUUCGCGAACGCAGAGCGAGGAGUGCGACGACGAGGUGGGAGACGUUUGCGCUUGGGGUUAGGUAUUUCUGUUGGGUUGAGGGGUGUGAGAUGAAUCUGGAGACACAUAAGAAGGGACAUGAACAUGGGGAUGAUGGGGGGAGAAAAGAUGGGGAAGAAGGUGAGGAGGAAACAGAAGAGGAUAAAGGGUUUGAUACGCGAGGAGACUUUUGGGAUCAUUUGAAUAGUAGACAUGGGUUGUCGAAGAAGGCGAGGAAGGGGGAGGUGUUGAUUGAGGAUGAGCUGGAUAAGGGGAGGAGGUUUGGGUUUGAGUAAUUGGGAUUGGGAUUGUGGCUGGGAUUGGGAUUGUGGCUGGGAUUGAGAUUGUGGCUGGGA